CCAUGGUGAUGUUGUAAAGGGUGUAUCGAGAUGGUGAACAAUCUUCUUGCGACCCGGCUGGUCUUUCGCAGCGGAUGACAUCCCUUGCCCUCUAGGUUUGUCGUGGGAUGAUGCUUGAGUUGUCUUUUUAUUCUAAAUGACACUGUCAAUUGUGUUUGUCACAAAUAAUGUGGUUGAAGGGAACAAGUCUGAGUGAUGGAAUGUUGACAGAGCGCGUGGAAGUCUGGUGGUUAAAAAUUCGCUACCGUUGAGCUUGCCUGCCAAAAGCGGGUGGAGAGCUUAGAGUGACAACCAAGCUCGCCUGUCUGUUUGGCUGCCAUUGCCUGAUUCAGGAUAGCAAUUUAUGGCCCCGCGACAUUUUUAUUAGUCAGGCUGGUUACCUGCAUUAAUCUCACAAGGCUAUUAAAAGCCACUUUGUCACGAUUUUGAAAAUCUCCAAGAUCCACGCUGCUGAGCGGCUGAACGGUGAAAGCAUGGCUACCCGAUACAUUCCAAACACCUUGCCCAUCCAAACGUUGGACCAAAGCCCCUCCGAGUUGCUAAUUACAACCUUGGAGGAGCUUGUGGAAACAUGCCCUCCUAAAGCUUCAUACAAUGAAGAUGAUUUGGCCGGUUUAUUUUUGGGAUACACAAGUCUUGCUAUGUUGUUCUUGCAGCUUUCGGAAAUCAAGCCUGGGCUGACGGUGAAAUCCAAGACUCUGCGACAAUGGGCGCAGGAGUACACCAGUGGCGAACGUAAAGUUGAGCCUAUUGGAAAAGACACCGGUUGCGGUGUAGUCCAGGAGAAUCUCUGUCAUAAGGCUAUAAAAGCUUGUUUAUCUGGUGACGCUGCUGAUAUUCAAGCAUUUCUAGCAUUGAUUGAGAGCAUCCCGUGCGACGAUGCUGAUGUGGCCUCGAAAGACUUCCCGUCUGAGAUUCUCUACGGCCGCGCUGGAAGUCUUUACAUCCUACGGCUAGUUUCACAUUGGGUGCCAUCUUCUCAAAGCAGUCUGGAACCCCAUGUUCAGCGACUAUCAGCCAAGAUCAUGAGGGACAACAGCGAGGGAGGUUCGCGGUGGACUUGGCUCGAUCGUGAAUACAUUGGUGCUGCGCAUGGUGACACUGGCAUCAUUGUUCAACUUGUUCUCAGUACUCCGACACUAGCACCAAAGCUCUCAGCGCAAGUGAAGAGCCUUAUUGAGCUACAACUCGGAGACGGAAAUUGGCCAAAAUUUGCUAACGAAGCGGAAAGCGACUUGGUCCAAUGGUGCCAUGGAGCACCUGGCUUUGUGAUUUGCCUCAAAACUUUACAGCCAUACUUUCCAGAACUGAAAGAUCAGAUCGAUCAGGCUAUUCAAAAGGGUGAACAGGUUACAUGGGAUAGGGGACUUCUUAGGAAGUAUCCAAAUCUUUGCCAUGGCACUUUGGGAAAUGCCUUUGCACUACCAGUCGGCAGUAGAAGAUCUCACUUCUUGGCUCUUUCUACCCCAGCUGGAAUUGCCGCCGCGCAUCGUAAUGACAGCACAGUCUUUCCCGACGAAGAGUGUGGCACCCAAGCUGGACUGAUGUUUGCUUAUUUACCAGGGGCGGCUUGGGCUUGGGCAGUUUGUGAAAAGGAAACCCCUACUAUGAUAACAUUCAACGACGUGUAGAAUAGGCGCCCGCAUGUUUUUCCAUCCACGUGUGGUUUGAGGCGGGACAGCUUUCUAAACGCGCACCAAUGUUAUCUAACCUCAUGAGAUUAUGAAAUUUACUAUUUAUAAAAGUUUAUUUUGUAAAUAUACGAUUAAUUACAAUUUCUUAGCUAAAAACAA